AUGAAUGAAGUAAAUCCAAUCAUUCAAAGAAAUAUGAGAUGUAUUGUUAUGAAAGUGAUUGAGAGUUGUUAUGAAAUGAAGAAAGACACCACAGAAAUACGACAAAUCAUCGAUAGAAAAACAUGUGAUAUGGAUAAAGUUAUUGAACUGGCAUUGAAAUAUAAAGAUGAAAGAACAAUAUUGAUGAUUAGAAGAAAGAAAGGAGAAAUUAAAGAAUGUUUUAGAAAUCUUCAAAGCAGAAGUAUCACAUGUUUAAAUGAAAUAGACAAACAAAAUCAAAAUCAAAACGAAGAAGAAAGAAAAGAAAAGGAAGAAGAAAUAACUAAAAUGUAUGAAGGAAUUAUGGAAGAUCUCAAAGAAGUAAGUGAAACAUUUCGAUUAAGAGAUAUAACUAGAAAUGAAGAAUGUGUUGAAGUGAUGAAGAGAUGUAAUGAAAUAAUGAAGAGAAGAAAUGAAUGUUAUGAAGAAUACAAGAAAGUGUAUCGAGAAAUAGUUGAAAUAGAAAUUUCAAAUAUACCAAUAAAAGAAGGAAUUGAAUUUUGUUGUAAAAUCACAGAAGGAGUUUUAUUAAGAAUGGUGUUAAGUGAUUUAAUCAAACAAAGCCAAUCGAAAUUAACAAUGUACAAAACACUUCAAAUGAUUUCAAAUGAACAACUAAACCAAACAAUACAACAACAUAACAAAGAAUUAAAAAAAGGAAUUAUUACAACAAAAGAAUGUGUUGUUUGUCAUAAAGAAAAGGAUGAAUUAAUCAAUGUAUUUGGAUGUGGUCAUAGUUAUCAUUCAACAUGUUUAAAAUCAUCAGGAAUAUGUUUAGAAUGUAAUCAUCUUAUGACAUAA